CACAAGUAUCCCUUUCCAGUUCCAGCCGAUUGUUGAACUCUCAAUCCCUCGUGCUUGCUCUCGUCCUUCGUCUCUCCGAUCGAAGCCAUGGCUAUGAACGCAGGUCUCAGAUCCGCCUCGAGGCUCUACGCGGCCUCAGAAUAUCUCCUGUCUAAAUCAGUGAACAGGAGUUUCCACUCGACAGGUGUGAAGAGGAUGGGAGGUCAUGGCCACGAUGAACCAUUCUAUCUUCACGCCAAGCACAUGUACAACUUGGAUAGGAUGAAGUAUCAGAAAAUUAAAAUGCCUCUUGCUGUCCUGACUGCCUUCUCCAUCGGCGUGGGAGUUCCCGUAUAUGCUGUCAUUUUCCAGCAAAAGAAGACUGCUUCAGCUUGAAGCCUGCAACUGGUGGCUUCAUGUGCGAUUUCCAGACCAAAGUUUGGAAAGACUUUUUUGCUGGAUUCCUAGUAUGAUUAACUACUCCCAGAGUGGAGUUGAAUUUAGUUCUCUUGAUUGUGUUUCAUUUUCAUUGUUAGGGUUAUUGUCAAGUGCAUUCUGUAAUAAAGAUCGACCAGUUACAGAAUCUCGAAUAUCUUUAUGAUGGUUGUGCACAAACUGAGCUUCGCUCCUUCCAGCAAAUGCAUCAAGGAUAGAGUUCCAUGAGAUCAAGUCUCUCCUAUCAGUCAUGUAAAAUGUUCGAUGUGCUGCUUUCACAUCAUCGCAUUUUGCAUAAAAGUCCAUCAAUGCAUUGGCAGCAGAUGUAUCCUCACACAAGAAGGGGUUCCAUUUGAUCAAACACUGCCAAGGCAUUUGAUGAACUAGUCCCAAUUUCGC